AUGACAACGAGGAAUUCUUGGAGUGACAAUCUUAAUGUUCAAGAUGAUCCUCUAGUAGGUUCUGAUGAUGAUUUAACAGAGCCCAUGCAUACUUCUCCAUUCAAAAGAAUUUCAUUUCCAUAUCUUGAUUCCUAUUCAACUGCAGUUUCACAUCUGGUCGAACAACAAAUUGAAGUGCUCACAAAUAUUUCAUUAAAUAUGGCACAAGAUGAUUUUGAUGAAUGCAAAAGCUUACCUUGGUGUGACACAUUCAAGUUCAAAUAUCGAUAUUAUUGGAAUAAUUCAGCAUCGUCACAACCACCACCUCCACAACCUUACUAUUCCUCAAUUAGAGAACUUUUUACAAAAAUUAAUAACGAUUUUAAUGAAGAAAUGCAACGACGAAAAGAAAAUUUGGGAGCCAUUCUAGACAAGACUGUGGCAUUGUUUGAAAUUCAUGUCUAUUCGGACAUUCCACCAGAUUCCUGUCAAUCAUUUUCAUUGGAUUUUGUCAAUCAGAAUUUAACACGAAAACUUUACAUGCACAUGAAAUUUGUGGGCAAAGAGCCAACUCCAACCGUUGAUUGUGGCAUGCGUGGAUUUUUUGAAACUCAUGUAAAGAAUUUUUCCUUCACACUUCAAAAUUUUCAUGUGAGAAAUUUUAUAAUGCCUCAAGGACCAGCUGUAGUGAUUGAUUGCGAUCUUGGUGGAUUCUUGAGGCUUCCUUCGAACUUUUUUAGUGCACUCGUGAAUGUCGUCAAUAAGGGAGAAAUUGAUUUUGAAGGAGAAAUAAUAUUUUUAAGAAAUUACCGAUCGCUGAUACCAAGAGUGACCUAUUCCUAUACAUACAGAGCGAGAGCUUUGAUUCUCUAUAAUUCAACCAUUCACAUGGCGAACUUUUUUAUUCCUUCACAAAAUAGAGUAUGGGUUGUAAAUUCUCAGUUUUAUUUAUUGGAUUCUGUGGAUGUAGAAGAACCUGGACAAGUGGUGGUUAUGAAUUCGUCAAUAUCUUGUUCAAUGAGUCAAGAAUUGAAUGUUUUCCCGUUUCUCACAAUUUCAUACUCACGAUUUGUUAGUAUUAAUUUAACAACGAUCGAUCGAUGUGUUGGAAAAACUGUUCUAAGAAUUGAACAAUGCAUUGACGUGGUGAUGAAUGAAUUGAAGGUUACCAAUAAUUAUAAUCCACAAAAUGGAGGAAUUGUGCAUCUGAAAAAUUGCAGAAAUGUCAAUUUAUUGAGUUCACAAUUUAUUAGAAAUAUUGCCAUGGAAUCUUCACUCGUAUUAGAUAGCGUACUCUCAGGUUCUGUUACUUUCUCAGAAUUUAUAGAGAAUGAAUCAUUUACAGAUGGAGGAGCUCUCACUUACAAAUUUUCAGAAGUAAGGUCCGCUUUGACACAAAUUUCUUCAUCCACCUUUUUGAGAAAUAAGGCACUUGGUAAGGGCGGAGCGAUUCGAGCAGAAAAAGCAAGCAUUGAUGUCGUAUUUUGUAAAUUACUCGAAAACUCGGCCAUGAUGAGCGGUGGAGCAUUAUACACAACCGCCUUCACUUAUAUUGAAGGAAGUGAAUUUUAUGGAAAUACUGCUAUUUCUGGAGGAGGAGCAAUUUAUGGUGCAAAUACUUUGGCUAUGAUCCGUUCUUCUCUACGAAAUAAUUCAAUACUGUCACAAACGAUCAGCCUGUGUGGAAAAGAGAGUUGUGACGGAACAGGAGGAGCGCUUUUUUUGAACGUUCCGUCUGUGGAUAAACAAUUCAAAAUGAUUAAUGUGACAUUUAUGGACAAUCGAGCAGUGAGAGGAGGUGCCAUUGGACUUACAAAUUGUACCUUUCAUGACUUGGAAGAUGUGACAAUUGUCAAUAAUGCAGCCCUUUAUGCAGGAGGAGGAAUUUUCUACUUUGGUUUUCGUCCUCAUGAAAUUCCACAAUUUCAAAACAUUAACAACAACAUGGCUGGAACCUAUGGUCACAACAUGGCCUCUCCAAUCAAGACAACUCAAUGGGUCUAUCAAAUCAAAGGCUCAACAGAUACCUACUCGGCCCAACAGGGAGUAAGGUUAUAUCCUGGUCAAUUAUUCUCCUUGCAACCUACCUCUAAGGACAUAUUUGGAAAUGAAAUUGGAUCCUUAACGGAGGAAUUUGCAAUUAUAAUGGAAGAUUUCCGAAUUCGAAUUUAUGGAAAAAGUAGAUCACUUGAAAACAUGUAUCUCUCUGUGAAUCAAUCGAGCUCAUUAUCCAGUAUUCCCACUUCUUUCACAGUGACAUUUUUUGAAAGCUCAAUCACCAUUCCACUUGAUUUAAUUCAAUGUCCCUAUCAGUUUGAUCUAGUUCCUGCAGCUUACAACUCAGAUUAUGAAUUUAUUUGUAAGGAGCAUAUCUCUAUUGGAAGCAUUGUUGCCAUUGUGAUUGCAUCCACCAUUGCUUCAUUUUCAAUAUUUAUGUCAAUUGUCAUUGUGGUAGGUUAUGUAAGUUGCAAGGUGGCAAAGAAAGUUCAGUAUUGGAGAAAAAGAGAUCAAGCAGAAAAGGAAAUGGAAAAGCGUCUACUUGAAAAUCAAGUCAUUUAUUCUGAUGAAGAAAGACAAGCGAUGGAAAGCUCUAACAGCAACAGCAUUACAAAAUCUAAGAGGGGAUUUAUUAUUGGGCUGGAUCAAAUAUUUAUUGAUAAAAAGAUUGGAGAAGGUGGAUGUGGAGUCGUUUAUUUAGGAAAAUGGCAUCACAAUACAGUAGCUGUCAAAUGUCUAAGAGUGGAUUCUGCUGCUGCUCAUUCAGAUGAUAUUGAAAAGGAGGCUUCAUUGCUCUGUCGAUUAAGACAUCCAAAUGUUCUUUUAUUUUACGGAGCUGCAAUUACUCCACAAAAACACUAUCUCGUUGUUGAAUAUUUAGAAAGAGGAAGUCUUGAAAAAUUGAUUCAUGAAGUUCGAAGAAAGGAAAAUCCAUCACCCAUUGAUUUUUGUACAAAGAUAGGAAUUUUAAUUGAUGUCGCUUGUGGCAUGGAUUAUUUACAUUCUCUCAAACCAUCGCCAAUUAUUCAUAGAGAUUUAAAACCAGCAAAUAUUCUACUAGACGCCAAUGGAAUGGCAAAAGUUUGUGAUUUUGGACUUUCUCGAAUGAUGACCAAUACUUGUAUUGAUACAACCACCAUGUGUGUGGGUACUUUAUUUUACAUGGCUCUAGAAUUAUUGAACACUGAAGAUCCUUCCUUUUCUCCAGCCAUUGAUGUUUAUAGCUUUUCAAUUAUCAUGUGGGAAAUAUUCUUUGAAGAAAAUCCAUAUGUCUAUCCCAAAACAUCGAAAUUAUUUGCAGUAUUGAAUCGUUCUACAUCGAAUCGAAUGGAUUCAUCAUCAUUACAAAAUGGAAAAAAUAGAAAUGGACAUUCCAAUCAAACUCCAGUGACACCUUUUACCAUCCUGUCAAAAGUCAUGCGUGGAGAACGACCUUUGAUUCCAUUUUCUACACCAGAAGAAACGAGCAUGUAUUUGGAAAAAUUUAUGCCAGAAUAUAAUCAAACACCGAAAAAUCAAAAAACAUCCAUCAUGACUCUCGAAUUAAGAAAAAGUCAAAUUCUGUCAAUUGUCAAUGAGUAUAUUGAUUUAAUGAGAUUAUGUUGGAGUGGAGAUGUCAAUGAUCGUCCCACCUUUAAAACGAUUCAUAGAAAAUUAACAAAUAUGAAACAAGAAAUGGAAGGUUUAAAAUUUUCACAAAACACAAAUUCGAAUACGCCACCCAAACGAACACCUCCAAAAAUGGAAAUUAUGAAUGUUGGACAUGAAAUUGAAUUGUUAGGAGAAGGAUCAGUCUCCUCGAAUUAUCAUGCAAUGCCAAACGACCAUGAGGAGAUUUUGUAA